UAAUAAACGCGGAGUACAUUGACCCGCCCAAAUUUCUCGAGGACGCUCGCGAUAUCGUGAUCGAGCACGUGCGAGACGCUAUCAAGCGCUAUAAUUGUGUAAAGGUGAAUACCGCGUUCAACGGGGAGUUUGUGGCGGGUGAUAUACGUGCAAAUAAAAGCAUAAACACAAAAAACUGUGAACUGUUUAUUACAACGGACCUACAACAGUGGUACGAGUCGCGCGUAAUCGGUCCGACUCUAGCUGAACUCGAAGAGUUUCAGGAGCGUGAUAGCGGGUGGGCGCUGUCGCGUAUACUCAACUUGACUAUUAACGUGAACAAAUGCAAUCCUAUGCGCGCGGGAUGCCAUAUAGACGUGCCAGAAGUGGUGAAACGAAAGAAAGCAGUGAUCAACGUACAAUCCAUGGAUAAUGCGUGUUUCGCGUGGUCGGUGGUCGCCGCUCUCUAUCCGGCUGAAAGAAACGUGGAGCGCGAAUCGUCGUAUCCACAUUACAGUGAUGUGUUAAACCUGCGAGACGUUCCAAUGCCGAUGACAUUAAGUGGUAUUAAAAAGUUCGAACAAUUGAACAGUAUUUCCAUCAAUGUGUACAGCAUCGAUGAAAAGAACAAUUGUGAACGCGCAAUCGUACCGCUACGAGUUGCUGACGAAAAGAAGGAGAAGCACGUGAACCUAUUAUACCUGCAAGAUCAGAGGGGUGCCGAAGUGGGCCACUUCGUCUGGAUAAAGAAAUUAUCCCGCCUCGUCAGUUCUCAACUCAGCAAGAAGGAGUACAAAAAGCACAUUUGCGAUCGAUUUGAAAAAUAUAUAUUUAAAAAUUUUUGUCUUUCCAUAUGUUUGCACUACUUUAGCUCCAACGUCAAGUUGCAAGCCCACAGCGUGGACUGUCAACAGAUAAAUGACUGCGCGAUCAUAUUACCCAGCGAGGAGGACAAGUGGCUCAGUUUUAACAAUCACAGUAGGAAGGAACGUGUGCCGUUUGUCGUCUACGCCGACUUGGAGUGUAUCCUGAAAAAGAUGGAUACGGAUCCGAAGGCAUAUCAGCACCAUGAAGUAUUUAGCAUCGCUUAUUACCUGCACUGCUCAUAUGACGACUCGCUAUCAACAUAUCAGUUUCAUCGUGACAAGGAUUGCAUCGCAUGGUUCGCUGACCAACUAGAAGAAUUAGCAUAUCGUGUAAAGAAUAUUCUGUCGAGUAAUGUUUCCAUGCAAACACUUUCGAAAGAACAGUAUGAGAAAUUUAAUAGCACCACGCACUGUCACAUAUGCGAGAAACCGUUCGCGCCAGACGACACUCGGGUGCGCGACCAUUGCCAUCUAACCGGACAAUAUAGAGGCCCCGCA